AUGCCUCGCAGCCAAACUCAGCUGCGUGGUCCCAAAGACCGCUCGGCUCAAAAGCCAGCGCAGAAACGGAAGAACGGCCGGGCCCUCAAUGCGCUGUCUAUUGCAGAGAAACAAAUCCCGACCAAGUUAGGUGUUCGACGCAGUCGACUAGGAGCCUACGAUGACGGUUCCUUCAACCGCAAGCGAAACAAUCAGGAGGGCGAUGACGACGAAGAUGAAGAGGCCCAGCAUCACAAGCGCCGCAGAACCGAAGACACCGGAAGCCUCGACGGCGGCAGCGAUAGUGAAGGACACGAAUGGACACUCGGACAAGUGAACAGUGACGACGACAGUGAACUGGACAGUGACGAAGCUCUGGGCGAGAGUGAUGAAGAGCGAUUUGAGGGCUUCACUUUCCGCGCAUCCAAGUCCAAGUCCAAGCCAAAGAAAGCGGAACCCAAGGCGAAAAAGCCAAGUGAGAUCAACUUGGACGAAGAUAUCGAUGAGUCCGAGGAGGAAUCUGAAGGUGACUAUGACGAAGAUGAGGACGAUGACCUGGGAGAGGCUGCUGUUGACCUCGCGACUGCUUGGGAUAUGAACACUGCUGCCGAAGAGGAGGACGCCAAGGAAGCAUCAAAAAAGGCCAAGCGGGCUGCCAGGGACGACAGUGAUGAGGAUUCGGGAUCAGAGGGGGACAGUGAAAGCGAGGAGAGCGACGACGGCCUUUCUGUCUCGGACGAUGGUGCAGACAAGCACGGUCUAUCAAAACUACAAGACUUUGUCCAGGCUCUGGAGACUGGAAAGCCUACGAGACGUACCCAGAAGUCACAAGAGCAAGGCAAGCCUUCGGAAUACGGCCUGACAUCCUCCAACAAAUUGACCGUCGCCGAUCUACUCCCUUCCAUUACGGAUUCUCGCCUCAAAAACUCACUCAAGCAUAUUGACUCUGCCCCUCAGACGUCCAAGACUGGGAUUCCGGGCAAGCUAGACGCUCCUCUGGCCAAGCGCCAGCAGGAUCGUCUUGACCGUGCUGCGGCCUACGAAAAGAGCAAGGAAACUCUUAACCGAUGGCUCGAAACUGUCAAAGCCAAUCGCAGGGCCGAGCACCUGUCGUUCCCUCUGCCUGAUCCCGAAGCUGAGCAAAAUCACAAGAUGGAUGUUGCCAAGCCGCAAAAUGACUUGGAAAGUGCUAUCCAGAACAUUCUUGUGGAAAGUGGACUGGCUGAGGCCGAUGGCAAGUCGGCCGAGGACCAGAUCCAGAGUUUCGAAGAACUGCAGGCUCGCAACAUUCCAAUCGAGGAGAUCCAAGCUCGACGCACUGAGCUCCGCAAGCGACGUGACCUACUCUUCCGAGAGGAAGUGCGUUCUAAGCGCAUCAAGAAGAUCAAGAGCAAGUCUUACCGCCGUGUUCACCGCAAGGAGCGCGAGAAGCAGGAGCAGCAAGAGCGCCAGGCACUGCUGGAAGCAGGCGUGGAUCCAGAUGAGAUGGACCAGGAGAAGAGUGAGCGCAUGAGAGCCGAAGCUCGCAUGGGCUCCAAGCACCGUGAAAGCAAAUGGUCCAAGGGUCUGAAGCAGAGCGGUCGUACCGCGUGGGAUGAGGAGGCACGCAACAGCGCGGCCGAUUUAGCCCAAAGAGAGGAGGAGUUGCGGAAGAGAAUCGAAGGCAAGCGUGUCUCUACUGGGGAAGACGACUACUUGGAAUCGAGCUCCGAAUCAGAAGAAGACGACCCUUGGGCUGAGGAUGCUUCUGAUGUGGAAAGACAGAAGAUCCAGAAGAAGCUCAAGGCCCUCAAUGGUGAUGAUGUCGAUGAGGACGUCCCGAAGGGACCUCAUGCUGAUCUCUUUGCUAUGAAAUUCAUGCAAAAAGCCGACGCCGCCCGCAAGGAGCAAAACGAUGCGGAGAUCCGCAAACUCCAGCGUGAGCUUCAUGGAGAGGAGUCCGAGUCUGAGGCGGAUUCGGAGGUCGGUCGACGAAAGUUCGGCAAGUCGACGAAGCCUGAGCAGAAGCCUCGCAAGCCAUUGCUCAAGAACGAGUUUGAAGAAUCCCUUGACUCCGAUGAUGAAGACGCACAGGCGGCGAGAGCGGGAUCAGAUGAUGAUGUUAACAUUGUUGUCGACGCUCCUGCGAAGCAGAAAUCGACAUCCAACAAGAAUGUUUCACAACCUUCACGCAACUCUUCCCAUCAGGAGAAGGAGACCCCUGCUGAAGAGGAGAAUCCUUGGCUGGUUCAGACUGAGCGGACCAACCGUCGUCGGACUGGCCCAGAUGCCCAAGAGACUAUCGAUAUCUCGCUUGAUGUUGCUCCUCAAGCUGCCCCAGCAAAGCAGCAGAACAAGAAGCAGCAGAACACCAAAACAGCUGCCGCAAAGCAACUUCAUGCCGAGAACGACAGCGAUGAUGAGGAGAGCGUGCCCGUCCUACUCAAGAACCAUGAUCUUGUAAAGCGAGCCUUCGCCGGCGAUGAAGUCGUCCAAGAUUUCGAACAAGAUAAGAUGGACACCAUCGAAGACGAAGGCGACAAGGUAGUAGACAACACGCUCGCAGGCUGGGGUAGCUGGGCCGGUGACGGUGUCAGUAAGAAACAACAGAAGAGACAGAAGCGUGAUCUGACUACUGUGGAGGGUGUGAACCCCCAGCAGCGCAAGGACGCCAAGCUUGAUCGGGUGAUCAUCAACCAGAAGCGUGUCAAGAAGAACGUAAAAUACAUGGCAAGCCAGUUGCCACAUGAGUUCGAGACCAAGCAACAGUACGAACGGUCUCUGCGCAUGCCUCUGGGCCCUGAGUGGUCUACCAAGGAGACUUUCCAGAGUGGUACCAAACCUCGUGUCAUGAUCAAGCAGGGCAUUAUCAAGCCUAUGCAGAAGCCCAUGCUCUAA